AAAAUCGUUGUUGCCUCCCUUUGAUGGAUAAACAACAACAACAAAGAAUCGAGUGAAUUUUGUGUUUGUUUUUGUACCGGUAAUUUUAAUAAACAUGCCUCUUCCCCCGGCGUUAGCGGCGCGUCUGCAGAAGAGAGGACUCAUCAGGGAAGUUAAGGAUGCAAAACCAGCCCCAUUAGCCGCUGGAAAUACUCAAGGGGAGGAGGUGGUGGAAGAAGUGUUUGCUGAAGAUUAUGACGACCCGAAGAAAGAUGAACCUGUUUCACCAACAGUUGGUCUCGAGGCGCCUGUUAAUCAAACAACUAUAGAAGAAUACGAUAAUGUUAUAAGAGAGGUUCCGGCCUGUCCAAACCGGAUCAACCCAUACCAUGAGUGCAGCGAGUACUGCCGGAUCCGGUGGGGCCUCAAGGUCUGGUCCCCAACCACUGAGAUGAUCUGCAAGAGGGACAGAAUGCUCCGGAAAUACCCACUGCCACCUGAGUGGAAGGAAAUACCGGAUGCUGAAACGGACAGGUACUACUACUGGAACACACUGACUGAUCAAGUCUCCUGGCUGUCUCCCAUACAUCCACGGGCCGUCAUCACCAUCUCUGCAGAAAAACUACACGCUGUGAUGCGUAACGACACGUUUGCCAAAGGUGAUUCUGACAGCGAUGAAAGUGAUGAAGAAGAGAUGGAAGUCAGUGAUAGCGACAGCUCCUCAUCUUCUUCCUCUGAUGAUGAAGAGUUUGAUCGCCGCCACGAGAAAGGUCGCCAGGCAAGGGAGAGGUCGGGAGGGAGACCAGGACGGGGUCGACAACGGGAUGACCUUGACCCCAUGGAUCCUGCUGCUUACUCAGACAUUCCCAGGGGUGGUUGGUCGGCAGGUCUCGAACGCUCUGGAGAUGCAAAAACAGGUGUGGAUUCAACAGCUUCUGGCCCCUUGUUCCAGCAACGACCGUACCCCAGUCCCGGCGCUGUGUUACGUGCAAACAGAGGCAAAUAACUGCCUCUGGGUAUCGGAUUACCCGGGGGCAGAAUGUCACUGAAAUGUUCUGAAGAGUGCGCAUUAUUCAUUGUUACAUUGUGUCAAAAAACAAGGGAGACAAACUAUGUGUUUUACUGUGUAUCAUGUUAAAAGGAAUAAUAAAAAUCUUUUCAUUUGCA